AUGCCUUCGCCCACGAAAGAUGAGCUCCGCAUAUACACCCCUACCGGGAUGCUUGGUUAUGGGUAUAGCCAUCAACUGUUCUAUUCUGCAUUAGAAGACGGCAUUGAUGCGAUCAUCUGCGACUCUGGGUCAACGGACAGCGGACCUUCCAAGCUUGCCCUCGGCUCCAUGUCCUGCCCCAGAGACGCCUACAUCCACGACUUGGAACCGAUCAUCGAUGCAGCCAACUCGCACCGGACGCCGGUGUUGAUUGGAAGUGCCGGUGGUGACGGAUCGAACGCGCACGUCGAUGUCUUUGUCGACAUUAUUGAGAAUAUCAUCCAAAGGCACGGAUACCGGUCGAUGAAGAUCAUCAAGAUAUAUUCCGAGAUCGACAAGGACCUGGUGAAGAGUCAACUCGGGGCAGGAACAAUAACUCCGUGUGGCACUGCAGUGCCGGCCCUUCAAACCAAGGAUAUAGAGGAUGCAUCACUGAUCGUUGCCCAAAUGGGGUUGGAGCCAUAUCUGAAGGCAAUGGAGGAGCACCCCGACUUCGACAUCAUCAUCGGAGGGCGCACCUAUGAUCCCUCUCCGUAUGCCGCCUUCUGUUUGUAUCACGGUUUCAACGACCUAGGGCUGGCCUAUCACAUGGGGAAAAUCCUUGAGUGCGGUGCGAUUUGUGCAGUGCCCAAGAGUCGAGAAGCGCUGGCGGUCGUUCGUCGAGAUCAUUUCGAUGUUGUGCCCUCGAAUCCAAACGCUCGGUGCACUCCUGUCUCAGUCGCUGCUCAUACGCUCUAUGAAAAGACCCGACCCGAUAUCCUGGUUGGCCCCGGCGGGACUUUGAGCCUUCAAGACACGACAUAUGAAGGGCUCCAAGAUAACAGAACCGUCCGCGUGCGUGGGGCCAAGUUCAUUCCGGUACCAGACGGCCAGUAUACCGUCAAACUUGAGGCGGCACGUACGGCGGGCUACCACAGCACCUUCUUUGGUGGUUUCGCCGACCCGAUCCUCAUUUCGCAGAUUGACGACGUUGUUGCAAGGAUUCGAAGUCAUGUUGCAUCGGUAUGCAAGUUUGAUUAUGAUCUCAAGCUGAUCACAUACGGCAGUGGUGACAACAUCAGCAUGUUUGCAGAAGCUCGUCGGGCCGAUGGCUCUCCACAAUCUGUGGCCAUCACAGGGGAAGCACGAGCUGACACCCAAGACAAGGCAACACAUGUCAUCAACGCCGCCCGUAUUGCCUGUAUGCACAUCCCAUACCAGGGCCAAGUGGCAACUUCUGGAAACUUUGCUAUGUCGUGUGCCCCUUUCGACAUUCCCAUGGGCAAAGUAUGCGAGUUUUGCAUCUACCAUUUGAUGCCGGUGGCGGAUCCGGUAGAGCUGUUUCCCCGCCAGCUUGUCAAGGUACAGGGAUCCACGCAGACUGGUAUCCGGCCGAGGGCGCCGCUGGCAGUGUCCACCGACAAGGACCAUUCAAAGGCGAAUAGCACUUCAACCAGCACACCAGCCAAGGUUGUUCUGACCCCACGACCUCCUCCGGGAUAUCAUUAUUUAGGAGAAUUGGCAUCUGUAAUCCGCUCAAAGAAUGCUGGUCCGUAUGAGCUGACCUUCGAUGUGAUGUUUGGGUCUCCUGAAAACUACUCAAAGGUAAAGUCGUCUAAUGUCCUCACCAAGUCAACCAUUGCAGAUCUCUAUCGAAUCGACGAGGCCGAGGUAGUCGCUGCUCUGUGGUGGGAUCCUGCAAUGGCAUUUAAGGCGACAGUCAAGAGGCCAAUAAUUUCCGGUGGAUUUGGCGAAACUGAUACUCAUGGAAGCUGCCAACAUACCAGACUUAUGUAUUUGCAGAUUCAGGUGUCGGCUAAAUAG